AUGAAGUUCGGUACGACACUGCGCAAGAGCGUGUAUGCGCCAUGGAAGGACAAAUACAUUGACUACGACAAGCUCAAGAAGCUGUUAAAAGACAAUGAGGACGACGAUUCUUGGACUGCCGACGACGAGAGCGCGUUUGUUGAUGAGUUGGCCAACGUGCAAUUGGAGAAGGUGCACAACUUCAUCACCGACAUCUCGCAGAAGCUGCGCGACCGGACCACGGCAUGCGAGAAGAAGCUUGAACCAUUGGCCAUAGGGAUCCAGGCGGACAGCAAGGAGGAUGGCAAGGGAGACAAGGAGAAUAAGGACGGCAAGGGCGAGGGCUUGCUGGGCGACGCGUCGGGCGAUGCGUCCAAGAAGCCGGAGCCCAGCCAGCAGGAGAGGGAGAAGAUGCUGAAGGAAGUUUUGCGCGAGCUGGACAACAUCACGAAAGAGACCAAGGAGCUGGAGAGCUUCAGCAGGGUCAACUUCACGGCUGUCAUCAAGGCUACCAAGAAGCACGACAAGCUCCGCGGCAGCUCCUACCGCCUGCGGCCCUUCAUCGAUGCGCGCAUUGCUCGCCACCCUCUCCAUACCGAGGAUGCCUCGCCGCUGCUGUACAGGCUGUCGGCGCUGUACUCUUUCGUCCGACAGAGCCUGGAGGGCAAGUCCAAAGAGGCUCUCUCCUUUGGCGAGAACAGCACCGACAACGAGGGCUUCACCUCACACAAGUUCUGGGUCCACAUGGACAACCUCUUUGAAGUCAAGACCGUCAUCCUCCGCCGUCUUCCCGUCCUCGUCUACAACCCCCAAUCAGCCAAGGUUGCUGAAGGCACUCAGCGCGACCCUACAAUCACAUCCAUCUACUUCGACAACCCCAACUUCUCCCUCUAUUCGGACAAGGUCAACGGCAAGCCCGAUGCCUCUUCGUUACGCCUCAGGUGGUACGGUCAACUUGGCGAGAAACCUGAGAUCAUGUUCGAGAAGAAGGUCAUCAAGGAAGGUAACGCCGCCGAGGAGGUGCGCUUCCCCAUCAAGGCCAAAUACGUGCAGGCUUUCCUCGAGGAUAGGUACCACAUGGAGAAGAGCAUCGACAAGAUGACCUAUCGCCCCAACAAGAACCAGGAGGAGAUUGACAAGUUCAAGAAGGCCGUUGGAGAUAUCCAGGGCUUCGUCAAGGAACAAAAGCUACAGCCCAUGUUGCGCGCCAACUACACCCGCACUGCGUUCCAAAUUCCUGGCGACGACCGUGUCCGCAUCUCUCUCGAUACCAACCUUGCCCUCAUACGCGAAGACGCACUCGACGAUGACAGACCCUGCCGCGAGCCUGACGACUGGCACCGCCGCGACAUUGACAACGGACAGCUGGAGUUCCCCUUCAAGACGCUUAAGAAGGGCGAGCUGCACAAGUUCCCCUACGCCUUGCUUGAAAUCAAGGUCAAGGGUAUGAAGAAGUACGAGUGGAUCGAAGACUUGAUGCACAGUCAUCUCGUCAAGGAAUCCCCCCGCUUCUCAAAGUUCGUCCAUGGUGUCGCGAAGCUGUUUGAAGAUAAUGUUCAUACAUUCCCCUUCUGGCUCAGCGAAGUCGACAACGAUAUCAGGAAGGAGCCUGAGAAGGCGUUUGACGAUGAGCAGGAGAAGAAGCGCAAGGCGGCCGAGGACGAGUUUGCAGUCGGAUCUCUAUUUGGCGCAAAGGCUAGUCCUAGCUACCGUGCUUCCAUCGCUUCCCCCGUCGGCUCGCCAGCUGCAACACGGUCCGUACCCAAGAGCGCGUCUGCGGCGGCGCACUCCAUGCCCGUUGUUAAACCCCCCUUUCCGACGAUUGGGAGUCACCUUUCCCAGCGCAGUCAACGCAACGGAGAUACCCAAGACAACAGUAACAACACCAACGCCCGCAUAGACGAGGAAGCCGACUCAGACGACGAAGACACCCUCCUCCUUGCUGGCAAUCAAAAUGGCAAAGCCUCCAAAGCAAGUGGUCUAGCCUCCCUCUUCCCAUCCUUCUCCACCUCCAAAUAUGCCCGCAAACAAGCUUCAGCCCGUAAGAUUCAGCUCCCCCCUGGUAUCCGGGACCCGGGUGUCUGGAUCAAAGACCAGGGCCCCGUGCGCGUAGAAGCAAAAGUCUGGCUCGCGAAUCAACGUACAUUUAUCAAGUGGCAGCACGUCUCCGUCCUCUUGGCAUCACUCUCUCUUGGCCUGUACAAUGCGGCAGGUGAGGGUAAUGAUAUUGCGCGCGCGUUGGCGGUUGUGUAUACGUGUAUCGCAGCAUUCACUCUCGCAUGGGGGUACGCGAUGUAUAUCUACCGCGCGAAGCUCAUUAGGGAGAGGAGUGGGAAGGACUUUGAUGCUGUCACUGGGCCGCUUGUGGUGUGUGUGGGCUUGGCUGUGGCGUUGUGCUUGAACUUUGGUUUCAAGUAUGAUGCUUUGGUCAAGGAGAGGCAGCAUCAUUUGCAUCAUCAUCAUGGUGCAGCGAAUGCUAGCUUUGGGGAGCAGAUGGAGCUUAAAGUCUAA